GCAAUGCCAAGGUGUUGUCAGAAGACAAACGUUUGUUACAUUGAUGCAGCCGAUACAACUGCAAGCUGAUCCCACUACCAGAAGAACUCAACUUACUUAAGCAGACAGCAAAAUGGAAUUCAACCUGACUGGAGAUCAGAAGAAAAUGAUCAAGGAUUGCUGGACAACAUUGUUGGAAAAGAAGGAUGGUCUAGAGGCAGGAAUGCUGAUGUUCUCGAAAUUGUUUGAGUCACAGCCAAACCUGCAGAGCUAUUUCAAAUUUGAGCUUAAUGGCCAGAGUCUUGAACUGAAAUUGCACGUUCGCGCCGUUAUUGCGACACUAGACAAAUGCAUUAAAAAUUUAGAUGACUGGAGCAAUGUGGAGGAGGAUUUUGAGCAACUUGGGAUGAUGCAUGCAAUGUUGAACGUAACAAAAUCCCAGCUAAAGGUAUUGGCGGAUUGUUUUGAUUGGAUGAUGGAGAAGUCAUUAAAUGAAUAUUUCACCGACGAAAGAAGGGAAGCUUGUGCGGUGUUUAUCAAACUGGUUUCAGAAACAAUGGGGAAAAACAUGUACUAGGCCAUCUUUGCACGAUGACUGCAUUCUUCGUUUAUAUUAAAUCGACAAUAAUUGUAAUUUACAUAUUUUUCUGCUGUUGAAAUACGAAACACUUUACUUCUACAAUCGAACAUGUGUGAAGAAAUCAUUCUGUUAUAACAAACAAUGUUUUGGUCUUUUAUUUACGAUUUAGCAUUGCAACUUUUGCAAUCAUACAGUCCAGAUCGUAAGCAUAACAUAAACAUGAAAUAUGUUUGGCAUGCAAUAAAAUAUUGCUUGCAUUCCUGAUAUUUAUUAUCAACGGAUCAAUAAUGUAAUUGAAAAGCAAGACGUAUUAAACUGUUUACGUUGACAUCUAAAAAGUAGAGUUUUCGAGUAUCAGUAUCCAAGAAAAGUGAUCUUGAGUAAUGCUGUUUAACAAUUCAAUCUUUGAGUUUUGCUUAGUUGUUUUCUUUUUAUCUUUUUGUCUACCAACAGAAUCAUCUAGUGCCCAAAGCGAGCAAUUUCUUCAUAUUUAGAAACAAGAUUCUCCUAUUUUUCAUUGAAAAGUUCUCCUGGCUUUGCUUUAUAAUAAAAGAUCCUUCGAUUCUAAAUGUCAACA